AUGAACCAUCUCUCACUGGGAUCUUUCACGUACAAUGCCAACCCGGCCCGCGUGGUCUUCGGGCAAGGCAGUAUCCAACAGCUUCCGCAUGAAAUCAGACGUCUAGGCUUCAAAUCACCCCUCAUCCUCUCUACUCCUCAGCAAGUCAGCCAUGCGGAAGACCUGGCUAAAAUCCUCACCGCCGCGUCAAUUGAGCCAGCCGGCACCUAUACGAACGCUACCAUGCACACUCCCUCGCAUAUCACCGAAGAAGCCAUGGCUUUCAUUCAAUCCAAAUCCGCAGACUGUGUGGUCUCAAUAGGAGGGGGUUCAACAACGGGACUGGGCAAAGCAAUUUCAGUUCGUACUGGUCUACACCACAUAUGCAUUCCCACCACCUAUGCCGGAAGUGAGAUGACGCCUAUCCUAGGCGAAACACAAGAUGGUCGCAAAACCACGCGGACUGAUCCCAAGAUUCUUCCGGGUACGGUCAUCUAUGAUGUCGACCUCACCAUGACCCUUCCCACAUCUCUCAGUGCAACGUCAGGUGUAAACGCCAUUGCCCACGCCGUGGAAGCGCUCUACGCGACGAACACAAAUCCGAUCAUCGGCCUCCUGGCCCGCGAGGCUACCAUGGCCCUCGCCCACUCCCUUCCGGAGAUCAUUCAGAGCCCCCAGUCCCAGCGCGCUCGCGAAAUGGCUCAAUAUGGCGCAUGGCUAUGCGGCAUCUGUCUCGGCUCAACUUCGAUGGGCUUACACCAUAAACUGUGCCACACGCUGGGCGGCUCAUUCAACCUCCCCCACGCCGAAACUCACACGAUCGUCCUUCCCCAUGCCCUUUCCUACAACGCUCCUGAAAUCCCCAUUGUGAUGGCUCAGCUUGCAGACUCUCUCCCCGGCAGCGAAGGCGAUGCCAUCAACGGACUGAACAUACUGCUCGAGAAGUUGCAAGUGAAGCGCGCCUUGAAGGACUACGGCAUGAAGGAGGAGGAUAUCGACAAAGCCGCCGACAUUGCGGUGAGCAACCAAUAUCCCAACCCAAGGAAGGUAGAAAGGGGGCCUAUUCGAGAGCUGAUCAGAAGAGCAUGGGCGGGGGAGCCGGCCAGGGCGGAUCUAUAG